AUGGAAACUCGGACCAAAAAAACCCAAAGCAGCUGGGAAAAAAAAUUCCAAGACUCCAAACGAGUCAUUACAGCAGGAGAGUGGGAAACGCAGCGAAAUAAUUUCACAAGGCUGUACAUUACCGAUGACCUUGGACUUGAGAAAGUAAGGCAGAUAAUGGCGGAGCGUCACGGGUUCUUUGCAAACGAAAAACAAUGCAAGACAAUAAUAAAGAGAUGGGGCUUGAGAAAAUAUUUACGCAAGAACAACGUUACUGAGAUGUUAGAUAUUCAACAAGCGCGGGCUCAAAAAGGCAAAAAAACAGAGUUCAGACUCCAUGGCCAACCCAUUACUGAGAAACGGUUUGAGCGUGCUAAAGGGAGGCGCCGCAGAGAAGAGAAAGGGCUUGGCCUAGGAUCCCCGAUAAACGAUAUGGUUACCACCACCAAUACCCCACAAAUGGCUAUAGAGUAUUCAACACCGGAACCAACACCUAGUCUGCCAGAUACAGGUGUUGUCGGCGAAAUGAGCAUUCCAAACACCGAGAUAUUCGUUCACGAUAUCCUAAAUUUACCGACCAAAAGGAAUACAGCUACAUCUUCCACGUCUGCCUUCUCAGCAUUUGCCCAAGACGUAGAAGCCAAUAAUGAGCAUCCGCUUACAAACGUCGUGACCCCAUUCAACACUCGUGAUAUUGAUCACCUAUCUACCUCUUCACAAAAUCUUUAUCUACCUCUUCUCUCAACGCCGGCAGAGGAACGCCAUAUAAACAAAGCCGACGAUAUCCUAGCACAAUCACUACCGCCGCCGCUUCCUCCUACUCUUAAUCCUUCGAUGUUAACUUGGGAGCCAAUGCUCUCAAGUUUGGAUUUCAGUUUAUCAUCGGUGCGAAAAGAGCUCUAUUGCGCAUGUUUCGGGAUUCCAUAUGCACCACAAGUCGAUUACUCAACCGUCAUACUAGGUUCUACGUACAUAGAUGAUUCAAAUAUGCAAAUGUAUAUUAAGAAUGAGAUCAACCGAACCAAAGAGUGUUUAGCCAAUAUGUCUGAGAAGUUGGCAGCGUUGAUGGAGGAACAAUCGUUCUUGUUUGGAUUGGGGCCCAGAGGGCCUAGCAAGGUUACUCUUACCCUGGAGCUUGUUAAGGAUAAGGAUAUACUGGAGAGCGACCUUUCCCGUAGGUAUAGGGCAGAACAGCUUGUGGUGUUGGGUUGGCAAUGCGAAAUGAGAUCAAAUGGUCUCUCACUCAUGAGCCAUGAUGAUCAUGAUCAGGUGCGGCCCUAUAGUCUAGAGAAUCCCGGUGGUUGA